AUGAAACCUCAUCAACUAAGACAAUUAGGGGUUGGAAUUCUUUUAUUGAUAACUUUGGUUUUCGGUGUAAGGUUUUUCUGGACAUCAAAUGAUGAAUAUUCACCAGAAGAAAUCAAUUCUUUGUUACAAGGUAAAGAUCAAGAAACUGUCAGAAUCAAGAAGAUUGAACUUUUAACCCAAAAAUUGAAGAAACCUUUCAUUGAACCAAAUAGUUAUAAGAUCAAGAAUUGGGAAUUGAAAGGUAAUACUAUCAUUAAAAAUAAUGAUUUCAUCAGAUUAACUUCUGAUAAUCAACAUCAAGUUGGUAGUAUAUUUUCAACCUUACCUAUUCAAGCUGAAAGUUUUGAAAUGGAAUUAACUUUCCACAUCCAUAGCAAGAAUGCAAUGAUGGCUGAUGGGUUAGGUAUUUGGUUCAUCGAUGAAAAAUCCGAAAUUGGUGAUGUUUUUGGAGUAAAGAAUUAUUUCAACGGUUUAGGUAUAAUGAUUGAUACUUUUAAGAACGGUAAACGAGGUCAAUUUCCCUUAGUGAACGUUAUGUUGGGUAAUGGGCAAACUGGUUAUGAUAAAGCUCUUGAUGGUUAUGAUACAAGAUUGGCCAGUUGUGUGGCUCAACUGGUAACUAACCCUAAAUCUGGUUUAACUAAAGCCAGAAUAGUUUAUAUCAAGAAUGGGUAUUUCUCGUUGGAUUUUGAUUAUAAUAAUAAUAAUCAAUGGACUAAUUGUGUAACAUUGAAUGAUGUGAUAUUACCACCAAUUAAGUAUUUGGGAUUAUCAUCAGAAACAGGAGAAGUUACUCAAAAUGUCGAUAUCUUGGAGAAUAAGAUUUUUGCAUUAUAUAAACCUCAAGGAUCAUUUAUUGAAAGUAUUGAAGAAUUGAAACAAAUGAUGGAAGAUACUGACGAUAUUGAAAAUGAUCCUGAACAUAAGAACCCCAUACCAAGUAAAAAGACCAGAAAAUCCAUCUCCAGAUUAAAGAAAGCUGAACAAAGGAUUAAAGAGAACACCAAAAAGAGAAAUAAGGAACAAUACGGCCAUGAAGAUGCUAAUAUUUUCACACAUAUUCUUGGACAAAUCUGGAAACUCAUCAAAUACUUAUUGGUGAUAUUAUUGGUAGUAAUGGGGGUUUGGUUCGGAUUUAUUAUCUUCAGAAUCUCCAGAGAUAAGAAAAAACCUAGAACCACUGGACUUUUAGAUUAG